AUUUAUUGUGGAUACUUUGGUCUAAUAUAUUGGUUGUUUCAAUAUACCACCAACUACAUACGUUUAUAUAUUAAUGUGUAUUUUAAGUAAUUUUUUUAACUAUUUUAUUACACAUUAUAUACAUUCUUCAAAUUCAUAUUUUUCUAGAUUAUUUUAUCAACGUACAUUUUUUUAAUAUUUUUUAUUCACAUUUUUUGUUAUAUUCGUUCAUAAUUAUUUUUUUGUAAUAUUAGUUUUUUAAAUUUUGUUUUUUUUAAAUAUCUUGAUUUUAAUCUAUUAUGAGAUAUUUUUACAUUAAUUUUUAUAUUAUAAAAGUAUGUCAACAAAUGGGAUUUGGCAACUUAAGAGUAUUGUUCUGAGGUAUAGUGAGACUGGGCAUAGUAGUCGAGGUUUAAGAUAUUAUUUGAGGAAUCUUCUACAUGUGUUUCAAGUCAAGAAUCCUCAAAUCGAUAUUUCGGUAAACCACGAACAAUAUGAACUUCCAUUAGCAACUUUUAGUUAUAGAGAUGGGUCAAAAUAUGAGAUAAGCUUGAAGGACCUCGAAGCAAGACAGAUUGACGAGGUUAUGCAGUUCCACCGUAACUCUUCUGGAAGAAUGGAAUACCUGAAACAUGGACAAUCUGGAGUUUGGACCACAAAUAGAUCAAUUCAGGGUCUGUGGAAGCCUACCUUCAGCAGUCAAAUGAACGCUUUAUCAUGGUUUAAAAGAUUAUCCACAUCGAAAUCGCCAUAUCGACUUAAAACAUUACCUAAAUACUCCUCAAAGUCACUUAAUCUCUGCUGUGAAGCUGUAAAAGGUAACGGCCGUUGGGGAGAUGAGACUAUAUUCCACAAAGGAUGGGACCAAAAUUACCUGAAACAGAUUUUUUGUCACCCAUUUCUUGAUGAUUCAUUAAAUAAUCUCUAACAUUUAUUAAUGUAAAGUAUAGUAUAAUGUGUUAUGAUUCGUUUAAUUUAAUAAAUUAAUA